UGCCAAAGGGCUUCCGGCGUAGCCGCCGAGCGCACACGGGCACACUCGUAUCGGGCGGAACCCUGCGGCAUAAUCACCCGCGCACUCUAAAAAUAACUUGGUCCUUUGCUCAUUCCCUUGUCGCGCCCUGUUCACCACGCGUGUUGGUAAACCCUGAUCGGAUCGGAUCGUCCACCGAUUUUCGCGAGCACGAUGGGACUUCGGGACUUACUCGGAGUGCGCCGUGCGCCGGAAGUGAAUAAAACACCGGCAUCCGCAUCCUCUUCAUCUGGGUAUACGACACUGAGCGAUGACACGCCGAGUGCUACCGGGAACAAUGGCGGUGUUUCAGACCUCGAGCCCUUACCUCCCGGGCGGUUCGGAACCCCCUCCGCGAUGGCAGGCGACCUGAGUAAACUUGGUGAGGGAUCGGCGCAGAUGCCAUACAAUCCGUACACUGGUCUUGGAGGACCCUUCGACCCGAACAUGUCUAAAGCGUUGUAUGCUAUAAGCGACUCCCCUGAGUUUCUGUUCGACGAAGAAAGGACGAUGAAACGGAGGUCUUGGUCAGAAAACUUGACCUUCCUGACAGGCGCAGGGUACCUGGGUGGGUCCCUGUUUGGCGGCGCCUACGGCGCGUAUCUCGGCUUCAACGGAACCCCAGCCACGGAGUUGCACGAUACGACCAAAUUGAAGCUGAAUCGGGUACUUAACUCAGGUGGGGCAAAGGGAACAGCGUUAGGUAACGCGUGGGGGUGCCUUGGUUUAUACUAUGCUGCGAUCGACUCCUUUGGUAGUAACUACGUCAGCAACGGCGUAGGGCACGAUUUUUUUGUUGCACUAGUCGCGGGGGCGGGAGCGGGGUCAUUGUACAAGAGCAUGCACGGGUUACGUGCGAUGGCAGUAUACGGCGCGUUUGGCGCGGGGCUUUCAGGUAUAAAUCAGGUCGCUCAAGUGCUACUCGGAGGGGAAGGGCCAGGAGGCCGAGGAAGGGAGCGGUUUUGAGUAGGGCAGAAUCUUGCAAGCGGGCUCGUCCUUUGAUUUCGUAAU